UAUUAAUGUUCUUAAAACUAUAGGCUGACAUGGAGGAAGCCAAAACUAAAGAAAAGGUUGAUCAAGAAAUUGUCAGUAAGCUUGUUGCUGAAAACCUUCAGCUUAAGGCCUUAGUUAGCUCGCUGGAGAAAAAAAAUGAGGAAGCCAACAAACUUAAUGAAGAGCGGUUGAAGCUAAUCGUUGAAGCUGAGUCCAAAAUGAUGGAGUCAAAUACUGGCAUGCAAAGGAAGGAGAAAUUAUCUGAUUUGGAAACUGAAAAAUUGUUGAAUUCACAACCUAGAAGAAUGUCAGGACGUUGUUCUGUAGCUUCUCAGGUUGACCAGGACAAAGCCAAAACCCAGGAUAGGGCAAAACUACAAGCUACUUUGCUUCAUCUCCAACAGGCUACCGAGCUACUCUUGAAGAAGGCACAUAAGCCGAAGAGGUCAAGUUUGAUGAUGAAAUUGUCAGUAAGCUUGCUGCUUCUCUGUCUCGUCCUCUCUUUCUGGUGGUCCUUUGACUAUAUCAAUAAUAUGGUGGGGCUGGGUUUGAUGUACUGAUUCUUAGCUCGCUGGUGAAAAAAUAAAUGAGGAAGCCAACAAACUUAAUGAAGAUACUUUACAAGCGUAGAACAUCAAGAUUCACACAAUAUAUAUAAUGCAAAAUGAAGAGGAAGAUAGCUAAACAAUUAAUGAUAUUAUUAGGCAUCAGACCAUGUGAUUUGG